GCGUCGGACGCGACGACCAGAGUCGUUUUAAUCCUCGCAUUCUUCGUGCAACAGUCGGUCCGAAAGGAGGUUGUGACUCUUUUGUGCGAUUUUAUCUGAAUCUCCGGUUAUCCGUUACUGUUGCAGCAAAAAGUGCUGAUUGUUUACUUUUUAGAGAUUUAAUUACUACUUCAACGAGUUGUGGAGUUAUGGUGUAUUGUUUAACUUUGUUCUGAAGUGUUUGAUAAUCUAGUUUAUCGGAAGUCGUAAAAUCUAUUAGCAGUUACUGUUUAUUGUGCUGGUUCGGCAAUUGAACGAGGGAAAAACGUUGGAAUUGCGUUGUCGAAUAUAAUGGAUAAUGGUUCCGGAGGAUUCGUUCCGGUGCAGACGAGACGACCUCGCCCACCACCAGUACAACAACGUAACCCCCGACCACCUUUGGACCAUUCAAAGUUCGCGGCCAAAUAUAGCAAGAAUAAACCGAACCGGUCCACUGGAUCAGGAACGAAGGGAACCGCUAGCAACGAGACUAAUCGCCAGCACACGAACAUCGUUGGCCGUGUGGAACGUCACCGGAAUGCCGGUGGCCAAAUGCGACGCUGCAUCUGCCGGUGGGUCAUGACCUACGGCCGCUGGCUUGAUCCGUACGAAUUUCUGACGAACUACAACGAAGGCCAGGGGUGCGCUGUUUGCCGUGUGAACUUCCACUCGGAGGAAAACCGAUCGGAACACUUCGACGAGCACGGCAAGGAGUUCAACAUCUUUGCGAAAAAUGGCGAUCGCCGCGUCACUCGCAAUGCUUUUCGUCUGGAGAUCAAGUAUUUGCCGAAGUACUCGCGGAUGAUCAUUCGUGUGGAGAACGAUUCUAAUGCGGUGCUGGUGUUGCGAUCCGCUUAUCUGCUGCGGUUGGACAAGCAGUUAGAUGCGACCCUGGUAGGACCACUGAGAAUGAAUCCGGGAUACACGUACGAAAUUGAGUACACGAUCGAGCACUGCAUUCCGAACCAUGUCUACACGGUCGUUCUGAUGGCGAUCGUUGCCGGAAGUCGAGUUGAACUGGUCGAACAGUACCACGUGCAGAUGCUGAAGAGCACGAAGAUCGUUGGAAAGCCUUUGAAGAUGGAUAUUUUGGCGUACCACCACAUUCCGGAUUAUCUUAUAACCCUGUAUAAGAACAAUUUCGAGCACAGCAAUAAUUUCAACCGUUUGGCAAUUCUUUGCCUGGAGAAUCUCCGCCAAUUCAUCAAGCAAGGUUUAACAUCGGUCAACUACAUAGAACAGCUUCGACUUCUGAACAUGAUCGAGGACUACGAUCUGCAGACGAUCUUUUCCACUUAUACAAUCCACAAUGCCACGGUGACGCCGGCCGAGCAGCACCGGCGGUACAUCAUACGGGUGGAUCAGUUCCAGGUCGCGCCGGCCAUGCUGGAAAUCGACGGCUACGUUCGGAUUACCGUGCACCGUAGCACCGGUCCCCGCGGAACCAAUCUGGAGUUCAUCAACGGUUACAUAGAUCUGAUCAACGAGGACGAGAUCAUCGUGACGAUGCAGCAACCGGUCCGGUUCCAUCUGCCGUGCAAGGUGGAGUUCCCGCUGAACCGCACCCAGUACAAGUUGGAGUACAACGCACUGAAUCUGAUCAGCCGGGUGGAUUUGGAGAAGUUUCUCUUCCCAAAAUCGCUGCCCAAGAAGAAGAAACCCGUUCGACAAACUGAGUUCCAGUGGUUCCAGCCGACAAUCGCUGACAACCGCGAGCAGGUGACGGCCAUCCGAAACAUCGUUAACAUGACGUCCUACCCUGCCCCGUACAUUCUGUUCGGACCACCGGGAACAGGCAAAACAUCCACCAUCGUAGAGGCCGUUCUCCAGAUAUGGAAGAACCAACCGAAGGCCAACGUUCUGGUAGCCGCGUCGUCCAACCUGGCUUGCGACGAAGUCACCAAACGGCUGAAGCAAUUCAUACCGGAAGAGGACAUCUUUCGCUUCUUCUCGCGAUCCUGCGAACGCAAUAUCGACGGGAUCGACAUCGGAAUCCUGGAGAUAUCGAACCUGGCUACGGGUAUAUACGAAGUGCCUUCCUACGAACAUGUCUAUCGGAGUCGCAUAACCGUCAGCACCGUAACGAAUUGUGGUAGAUUUGCACAGGCUCGAAUAACUCCGACAUUUUUCGACUAUAUCUUCAUUGACGAGUGUGGCAGUGCCAAGGAGAUAUCGGCCCUGGUUCCUGUAGCGGGAGUUUGCACCGAAGGACCCAAAAUACACGCCAGCAUUAUCUUGGCCGGCGACCCGAAACAGCUUGGUCCCGUAGUCCGUACCGAGUAUCUGAAACAAACCGUGCACAACACUUCUCUGCUGGACCGUCUCAUGUCUCAGGGUAUCUACAAACGCCAACAAGGACAAUUCAACCCGCUGGUCAUUACGAAACUUUUGGACAACUAUAGAUCACACGAGGCGUUGAUCCACUACUCGAACCAAUGGUUCUACGAUGGCGAAUUGCGAGCUCAGGCUGCCCCUGAUCUCGCAAACUGGGCGAUCGGUUGGGAUUACCUGCCGAAUCCGGCUUUCCCGAUCAUCAUGCAUUCCGUAGUCGGCGUAACGCGUAUGGACCGGCAGUGUCUGAGUUCGUUCAACAAGGAGGAGGCCCGUUGUGUUCUGCACUACAUUCAGAAAAUUCUCUCCGAUGGAAUCAACGAUCGCCAGAUACGUGAGGAGGACAUCGGUGUUGUGACGCCGUAUUCGAAACAGGUAUCCUAUCUGCGCCACGGCUGUCGCAACUAUGGCUGGGAUAACGUCGAAGUGGGUUCCACGGAGCAAUACCAAGGUCGCGAAAAACCCAUCAUGAUCCUGUCGACGGUGCGCUCACAACGCGAUCACGUUGGAUUCCUGUCGAACAGCAAGCGCCUCAACGUGGCCAUUACCCGUGCCCGGGCUCUGAUGAUCAUCGUGGGCAAUCCGGACACGCUGCAGCGUGAUCCGCACUGGUAUCGCCUGUUGCGAUACAUUUCGGACAAUCAGGGCGUGCGGGGAGUGGACUUCCAGCUCAGGAAGCCCGACAUUGACCUGUCCGGUCAACCGUUCUCGUACGCGCUCGAAGAAGCCGAUUUUGCUUAAUGUUCUGUGUAAUUUGUUACCUUCUCACUCUUGAAUUUGAAUGUGAGUUUUUUUUUUCAAGGCUUCUGUGUGAUUUUCUCAAUGUACAUUUAUUUAUCAACCAAAGUGCCAUUAGUAACUGGUUUGCGAAACGCAUUCUACGAUGUAAGCGUUUCUGUGUUGAAUUCGUUUUAGACCAAGAACAACGAGGGACAACUUCAUUUUACUAUCAUAACCAUUCCAUUCAUUAAAUACAUAUAUUUCUACUGUUA